UCUCAAACUCUAUACACAGCACAAAUCUCUCUAUUAACUCUCACCACCACUUCCUCCGCCGUCAACCGCCACCAUGGCGGGCAAAGGUGGCGCCACCCUCUCCGGCGGAGUAAUGAAGAAGAUAAUUAUUUCCUACACCUACUUAGGAAUCUGGAUCGUCCUCUCUUCCGCAGUAAUUGUAUACAACAAAUAUAUUCUUGACAAAAAACUCUACAACUGGCCUUUCCCUAUUUCCCUUACAAUGAUUCACAUGGCCUUUUGUUCAUCACUAGCUUUCUUCCUCGUACGUAUCCUUAACUUUGUCGAACCUGUAACCUUGUCCCGCCACGUGUACUUUACAUGCGUACUCCCCAUUGGUGCACUUUACUCUCUUUCCUUAUGGCUCUCAAAUUCUGCUUAUAUUUACCUCUCUGUUUCAUUCAUCCAAAUGCUCAAAGCCCUUAUGCCAGUUGCUGUUUACACGAUUGGAAUCUUGUUCAAAAAAGACACUUUCAAGAAUUCAACUAUGUGUAACAUGUUGGCUAUUUCAGUUGGUGUUGCUAUUGCUGCUUACGGUGAAGCAAAAUAUGAUUCUUGGGGUGUUUUGCUUCAGUUGCUAGCUGUUUUGGUUGAAGCAACUAGGUUGGUUAUGGUUCAAAUCUUGUUGAAUUCAAAGGGAAUUAGUUUUAACCCUAUAGCUACUUUAUACUAUGUUGCUCCUAGUUGUUUGGUUUUCUUGUCAAUUCCUUGGAUAUUUGUGGAGCUUCCAAUUUUGAGAGCAAGUAAUUCUUUCAAAUUUGAUUUUGUGAUUUUUGGUAGUAAUUCAUUAUGUGCAUUUGCAUUGAACUUGGCUGUAUUCUUGGUAGUGGGAAAGACUUCAGCUUUGACUAUGAAUAUUGGUGGGGUGGUUAAAGAUUGGCUGCUUAUUGCAUUUUCUUGGUCAGUAAUUAAGGAUACAGUGACCCCAGUGAAUUUGAUUGGAUAUGGAUUAGCAUUCCUGGGAGUUGCUUAUUAUAAUCAUCAGAAAUUGCAAGCAUUGAAAGCAAAUGAAGUAGAGAAGAAGUCUCAGCAAGAAGAUGAGGAAAGUGGGAUAUUGUUGACUGAGAGAGAACAGAGUGGAUCAGGAAAGAAGGGUGAUUCACAAGACUAAAUUUGAAGUUUUGGUUGAUGAAAUAGGGAAUAUUGACAAAAGGGUAUGCUGUAAUUAACUUAGUUUUGCAUAGCAUG